CCAUUUCAACGUAUACAAGUAGAGGCUCCAGCCAAUUUUAAAGAAAUAUGUUCUUCUUUCGUGAAAAACUUUCGUAAUGAACCUGUAGAAUUUGCACUACAAAAAUAUUUUCACGAUAACACUUAG